CAGCAGAGCAGGCAGUAACGGCAACCACGGAAGCCCUCGCAAUCCUGUAGUCGACCAGCUAGUCCCAGAGUCUCCCAGUGAAGAAUCAAUUAUCAGUGUACUCGGAGCUAUUAACAGUUGCUCCUGUCUGUGGAGCCAAGCAAAUGGCGGACAGUUGCUCCCUCUGCUGACGACUCCCAAGAUAAAAAGACAAAGAACUAUUCCUGUAAAUAAUUACCAUAUUGGUUCCAGGAGGCAAGAGAAUGGGCCAGGAGUUGGUGGAGAUGUGUGGCACAUAGCCAAGCCCAUAUCCUCUACCUCUGUUUUGGUUUGAGUCCAUGGAUUCGUUCCUCCAUGGGAUAUUGAAGCCCAUGUGUGUUUUAGACUGACCGAACAGAGUCCAGUUACUGAGCGACCUGUCGGACAAUCCAACGGAUAUUUUGCCAGCGGACAAGCUCCACCACUAGUGCACAGAUAUACAUGGUAAACUGCAUGAGAGAAUGCCCCUUACAUAACUGCCUUGACUAAGUAGCAAUAUCAGGUUGUUUCUUGUUGGUGGGUAGGUCUCAUAAACCAACUGAAAAAAAUAAGGUCUAAAGGCUGCUGUGAUUGCUGUCAAUAUUGAUACUUGAUGCCGUGAUAUACAUCCCUUGAUGUCAACAUAUCAUCAUCACGUCAUCUAUAACUGUAACUUGGGUAGCACAGGCUUGGAUGUACUUGCGGAGUGAUGGAUUUUACUGAGCGUGUGCAGCCAACAUGUAGAGUGCUCAUGACUGAUGACUUGUGAGAAGUAAUGGACUUUACUUCUGUUGAAAAUCAGAUGCGAGAUGGCCGUAUGAGGCAAUCUGAGGAUGCGAAGGAGUAGAAUCAUCAAGUUCUUCGCGGCACUGGUCGUGUCGUCUGCCUUCUUGUCUGUGUGUCUAUGGAGUCAGUGCACCAUCAACAGGCAAGAUAACAACUUCUACAGAGAAGACGUUACAGGCGAGAGGAGCUACGAUGAUCACAUGAACGUCCCCCGGGGGACCAAUUCCAUCAAAAACAAGGACACGCCCCUCAUCAAGUACAAGGAGAUUGAUUGUGUCAUCAAUGACGACUAUGCCGUCAAGUGUCGCCGGGAGGGAAGUGAGGUCUAUGUACCUUUCCGGUUCAUCCAGGACUACUUUGAGAUAUAUGGUUCCAUUGUCAACACAGACGGUUACGACCGACUGGAAUGGCAACAUUCGAAUUCAAAGAUCCACAAACCUCGACCCAAAUAUUCUCCCAGCGGCAUUUUCAUGUCGUUCGAGUAUUACAACGUGGAACAGAGGGACCGAGUAAAAUGCAUCAGUGGCUUCGAAGGUGUACCAGUCUCCACACAGUGGACUCCAGAAGGUCACUACUACCCGAUACAGAUCGCCCAGUAUGGCUUGAGUCACCACAGCAAGUACAUGAUGGAUGGAGAGCCGGAUGUGAUAAUCCUGGAGGAUGGAGAGGAGGACAGCCCUGCAGACUGGAUAGUCCCAGAACAGCGGUCAUUUGCUGUUUUGAAGAAUGAUGCCUCCAAGUUCUCACAUGUAGUACAAUUUUUGACAUCAGAUUCCACCAAGCUCCCGGGUAUAAGAAUUGUUGCUGAUGAAAAAGUGAACAAGUAUGUAACAGCCGACCUGAAAUUUUCCACCAACGGCAGUUUGACUGUGAGUGUGGAGACCCUCAGUACUGUUGUGUUCAACCUGCACUAUGUCCUGAGCAACACCCUCAUCAUAUGCGAGGGCAAAGACAUCUACUACGGCCUCGGGGACACAAGAGGACGAUGGCACCACAUAGCAAGGGAUAUAUCUAUAGACCUUCAGAAGGGCCUUGGAUUGAAAUAUUCCAAAACAAAACGAAUUAAAAUGAAAUAUCAGUUUUCCAAAAUUCGGGAGAUCACCAUACGGGGUCAUGGCCACCUGGAUAAUUUGACGUUAUCAUCAUCAGCACAUUUGGAGCAUUUCUAUGAUGCUGCCAACUGGUUGGUCAGUCAUCAGAAUGACCGUGGAGGAUGGCCAAUCGCUGUGCGGCGUAAACUCAUUCCGAAUCUGCUCGAGCUUCCCCCAGGGUGGUACUCCGCGAUGGCCCAAGGUCAAGCAAUGUCACUUCUUGUAAGAGCAUACUGGAAAACAAAGGCCCAGAAAUAUUUAAUAGCCGCUAUUGAUGCAAUGAAAUUGUUUGAAAUCAGUAGCGAACAGGGAGGAGUGUUGGCAAAGUUUGCAGGAGAAUACGACUGGUAUGAAGAAUAUCCUACGACUCCAAGCAGUUUUGUGUUGAAUGGAUUCAUAUAUUCACUUCUUGGUCUGUACGACCUUAAAGAAACAGCCUCAGGUGAAGCUGCCGAUAUGGCAAAUAAUUUGUAUAAACGUGGAUUGACUUCUCUUAAGUUCAUGUUGGGUAUGUUUGAUACAGGCUCGGGAACGUUUUACGACUUGCGGCAUAUUACUUUAGGUCUGGCCCCAAACCGAGCUCGUUGGGAUUAUCAUACAACACAUAUCAACCAAUUACUGGAGCUCAGUGUUAUAGAGCGGGAUCCGUUAUUCAAAACAACGGCAAAUCGGUGGACAGACUACAUGAAGGGGAAGAGAGCGAAACACAACUAGGAAAUAUCAGACGAAGUCUCCUUCCUUUUUCAUGUUGUGUUCAUGGAUUCAAGUGAUAGUGUAUAUAAGGAAAGGAAAGAGUUCACUUUCAGAGAAUCAUGAUGAAUUGUGGACGAACCGAUGUAUCAUUUGUGAUCUCUCGACUUCAUGGAACUGAUGUCAGUCUGUCCUUCUAAACCUGAAUUUAUUCCUCUUUCAUCAAGCCCAGAAUAUGUGAUGUUCGAACAGAUUGGUACAUUUGACAAAGAUGCUCAAUUUUGGCGUUCAGGAUGAGGUGCGUGCACAGCAUCUGUGCAAUGUUGGUGUAAUUAAGGCUGUCAUUGAUGCAGCGCCGAGUUUGGUUGUGAUUCCACUGUGACAGAGAGAUUCAAAACUUUAAGACUUCAUCUGAUUGUUAAAAUACAACGCUCAUUUCAGAGUUCAGUUUUCUCCAAGGAUGCUCUUUGGAUGAAUCUUGAUUGAUCUGUACAAUUUGAAGAAAAAAAUAUUCACAAGUAUACCAGUUUUCUACAUACAUUUAAAUCUCAACUUGUAGCAAAAAAAGAUACAUCGUGUUGUGAUAUUUUUCUGAAAAUUGUGGGGAAUUAGGAAUAAAGUGUCCCUAUCAUUUAAAAUUUAAAUUCUAUAUGUUGUAUAGGUUGAGAUGUCUUUGAGAAAGGGUCUUGUAAUUUAGUGAAAGGUGUUUAUUAUAGGUCAAAUAUGGGUUAUACAAUAUGUAGGUCACCAUAUAUCAAGUAUCCAUCAUUAUUAAUACAGUGAUAUUGUAUAAAUGUGUUGGACAACCCUUUUGUCUCAUGUGGCUGUAGAUAUUCAGUGUGAACUCGCUACCUUUCUGACCUUUCAAAGAUGUCAGUUUUAGGACAAAGGGAGGUAACUUCAAGAACGUUGAAAUUAUCUCCCUUCUCCCUGGUAAAAUGACUUUAGGUCAGGUUGACAUGAUCUUUUUCUGUCAUGAAGGCUUCUUGUGGUUUCAGUGAAUAAGAACAGCAGUUAUAUUUUAGUCAUCAGAUUGAUGAAAUGAUCAUUCAUACAAACUGUAAUAUCAUGACACAGAUGCCAAAAUAUUGACUUUUUAUGACAGCCAAUAUUAUUAAGUUUUUCUGACAUGCACAUGCUCUAAUUCAAUGGUUGAUAACGUUUUAUUUUUACAUAACUGCUUACACUGACGCCAAAUCUUUCAAUGUUAAUGGAUUGAAGUCACUGCCAAUAACUGAAAUUACAUACUCCCAUAUUCUUCAGAUUUACGUUCAUGCAGCAUUUUACUGAGUGUUUUAAAUUACUUUAACAGACUAGAGCAAUAUUUUAAGAUGUAUAUGGAUCAAAUGAUUCUGUUUGCAACUAAUUUUAUCAUAUAUAUUGAUAUAGGGCAGCUGUGCUGAUACAGAUCCCGAGUUGGUGAUACCAUUAUCAGCUGACAGUGGCCGCAGGAGACAAGUGAAGCAGAAAAUGUUUUCCAUGUUGUCCAAUACUGUAAAUCUUGAAAUUAACGCGAUCGUGAAUAAAAUGUGAAAAAUGCGAGUGGUCUCUGUUCGCAAAACUUCGCAUUUUUGUCUCGAAAAUUACUAUCAACAAUAAAAAGGCCUCACUGCACACUUUGGAUAGCGGAAAUACCAACUUAAAUAUAAACACUAACACGGUUAUUGAACAGUAGUUGUAACAAGUAUAUAAAAUGUCAUUCAAAGAAUAGAAAUUAAACAAUAGGCAUCCGGUGAGUUAUCACUGCUGGGGUCAAGAGUUCUACCCACUCGUGUCAAAGUAGGUAUCACUGACCACUCCAGCAGUCCAGACAGACGCCACCCAUGCAACACUUCAUCAAAGGCCGACACGACCCAACACGCACCGAUAUGCAUCAUUCCACUGGGGAUGGGGUGGAGGGAGUCGCAUUGAUAUUGAGUCGCAUUUUUGGCUAGGGGUCAGCAGUCGUAUUAAUUUGGAGACGCAUUAAUUUUAAGAUUUACAGACUCCAACUUGUAUUUUAAGGUAUUAGUCUGUGAUCCCAUGAUCUGGUACCAGAAGUUUAUAAUACAGUGGAACCUGGUGUAACCAAACUGUGCAGUCCAGAUUAGACAAAAAUUUAAUUCUUGUUAAUGAGCUAUCUCUGUUGUAUCUCACAGUCAAAUUAAGUUUGUAAUAGUAAGUGUUUGAAAGGCAUUCAGAAGUGAUACACAUUUAUUGAUGUCAACUUCUUUAUUAUGAGGGACAAUGUUUCGGAGUAUAUGCUUACUCCUUCAUUCACCUGAUGAAGGAGUAAGCAUAUACUCCAAAACGUUAUGUUCCUCAUAAUAAAGAAGUUGACAUCCAUAAAUUCUCUUCCCUUUGAAAUAAUAGUUUCACCUCAAGAAGAGAUAGAUCCGAAUUAGUCUCGGACAGAUUCCACUGUAUUGGGGGUCUCUGGUUUGCCCACUGAGGCAGUGAUCUUCAAAUCAUUUGGUUCACUGAUCUACCAACCUAAUAUUUCAUAUAAGUUUACGGGCGGUGGGGUAGCCUAGUGGUUAAAGCGUUCGUUUAUCACGCCGAAGACCCAGGUUAGAAUCCCCACAUGGGUACAAUGUGUGGAGCCCAUUUUUGGUGUCCCCUGCCCAAAUUGUUGCCCAGAUAUUUUGUAGCCUUAAAAUACAUCCAAUAACAUUGAACAUUCGUUUUUUGUGUAUCUUCUUGAUACAUAUCAUCUCCUAAACCUUGUAUCAUCAAAGCCCCAAAUUAAAAGUGAUUUAUUAACUUCAGGUUUAAAGUGACAUCUGUAAGUACCAGGAUUCAGUGUAUAGUCUCUAUUCCCUUAUUAGGAAGUCUGUGUAUAUAUAUUGUUAAACUUAAGACCACAUUGUUAUUGUUUUUGUCUCAAAUAUAGACUGUCCAGUCCAUGGUACCAUUGACUGUUGGUUGAUAAAAGUGUCCGGUCCCACUUGCACAAAGCAAUGGUAGCUCCACGACAAGUGCAAAUCUGAGGAAAUUAAACCAGUGAGUUUCCCAUUACAAAACUAAUGAAUGAAAUGGUUAUUUUACCUCAGAGGAUAAUACAAAUGAAUUCCUUUUUAAACUGUUUUCUCUUCGUAUUUUAUUCAUUGAAUCAAACAUACAAAAUAUCAAAUGAAUUUUGUGUUGUCUCUUUGGGAUUAGAACAUUGUAAUCAAUUUGAGACUAAAAUAAUCAACAUGGACGCUGUAGGCACAUUUGUUUUCAAAACAGUUAUACAACUGGUUUAAUUUAUUCAUCAAGUUGUAUUAUUUCAUUUGACAAGUGAUUAACGUAAAUAAAAUGUGGAGGAGCAGUUUUCAAACUAUCGCUGUUCCUAAUAUUGAUUUUAAGCUAGUGUUGAGAAUAAACACAAAAGUUUUAAUAAGGUGUUUUUAUGAUGUUUUAAAUUUCUGACAGGUCAUUUUAAGAUUGGUUUGUUUCCAAAUGUUUUUAAAUUGUGCUUGAAAAUGCAAUUAUUUUAUCAUAGAGAUUGAACCAUUGGACUGAAAAUGAAAUCUACCACAUUCUGAGGAUCUCGUAUAUAAUAUUUCAUACAUACUGCUUAAGUAUACCAUAUGCUCAAUGCUAGUGAUUAUUACAUGUUGGCCUAAGCAAUGCAUUUAGAUGUCAUGUAUGUGAUGUAGCAGUAUAACAGUGUCUAAUCAAAAGUACACAUUCCAUUGUUUUAAAUAAUUUGUGUGUGUUGAGUUCCCUUUGUUUGUGGCACCCUGUAUUCAAAGGGACCGGUUAUUUAAUAUUUCCUGUCAUGGAGUGUGAAGUCCAAACCCCGCCCACAAUCUGUAUCCAAUCAACGUCUGACCUAAUUUGGUGUUCACAUUGAAAGCCUGGAUUAAAUUCCCCAACAUUCAUGAUGUGUGAAGAUCUUUGAGGGUUUAUGAGACAGUCUGACAAAAAAAUUGAAAUUAGAAAAGAGUUUUGAGAAUAAGAUGAAAUGAAAUACACAUCUUGCCAUGUAAAAAGUUGUUUUUAUUUUCACUCAUUAGCACCAGUGCUAAUCUGGAAGCUGAAAAUUAAAAAAUAUUUUUCGACCACCAAAAUGAAUCUUAUACCAAACAUUUUGUAAACCAACUAAUAAUAGAUAAACAGCCUCACUGUCCCUGCCAGGAUAUUGCUGAAAUGUGGCUGAAGCUGUGAUAAACAUUCUCACUUGUGACACCUAAUCACUUUAUUUCAUGAAAAUGUAAAAUAUUUAUCAUUUAUGGAGUUGGUGGGUAAGCAAGAUGUAGAAGCGUUCACUCAUCACACCAGACACCCAUUCUUGAUUCCCUACAAUGUCUGGCGCCAAUUCUUUAACAGUAAAAUCUCUCCUUGCAACGAACGUCCCAGUAAUAUUUAGCAUCCCCAAAUUAUUCAAUGACACUCCCCAUUCUUAUGUUAAAUGAACGGUCCUUGUUGGAGAAUGUAGAUACCUUUGUAUGUUAUUUUAUGUUUAUCAGUUUCUCAUGGUAGAUAAAAUAUAUUCCUUAACAUAUGACAUAAAAGGGAAAGCUCUCUGUUAUCUCCCCUCAUAGUGCUUGUUUGUCAUUUGGUUGUGAAGAAAAACAUUCGUAACUUACCCUAUUUAACACAUCCUUACAUCUGUAUUCUACAGGGCCCCGUUCCAUGAAGCAAAAGUAGCGCUGCGACAGUCGUAAGUCUAUGUUGAAGUAUGGUAGUUACGAUCAUCUUAGCGCUACGAUCACUUUGUGGAAUGGGGUCCUGGGUCCCGUUCCACAAAGCGAUUGUAGCGCUGCGACAGUCGUAAGUCUAUGAUGAAGUAUGGUAGUUACGAUCAUCUUAGCGCUACGAUCACUUUGUGGAACGGGGCCCUGGCCAAUAAGGUCACUCUGAUUCAGCUCCAGUGACAUCCAAGCACGCAAACCAAGUCCAUCAGCCAGUCCACAUCUACAGUAUCAACAGUAAAACGUUGGUUCCAUGGAUAUUUUUUGUGGUUUAUGCCAUGUGCUCUGUUUAUAUCUGAAUUAUUUGACACCAUUCAACCUUCAUUUCAUUAUCGCAAGUGUUGCUGAACAAAACUAACCUUUAUUUGUAUUUUUAUUUCACAUUUCUGGAUUUACAUUGUGGGACUACUUUUUUUCAAAUUUUUGACAGAUUUCUUCAUUCACCUCUUCUGUUUAAUGGUAUGUCGUGAUCCAAACUUGAGUUAAGUUCCAAUUCAUUUUUUAGCCUUUAAGUAAAAGAGUUUAUAAGGCGAGAGCUCCAUGGGCAUUUAGCAAUUGGAAAUAAUGAUAACAGAGUAUUAUGGACAGCCUCUUUAGUAUACAUGCACAACAUUUCAGGGCUUCUUCUUGCCCCUUCGUCAGGUGGAUGGAUUCAUACUUUUAGAGAAAGAGGGGUUUUUAAUCGUAAGAUACAUAGAAUUUCCUUUAUAAUUAACUUCAGGUUCCAGUGAAAAUAUAUAGAACCGUUCCUGUAAUUGAAUGAUGUAGCGCCCCUCUCUGAGAACAACGUCUAAGAUACUGUAUAUCGCAUGUUACAUCCAGGUAAUGUGUCCUUCAAAUUUGGAAAUGGAAGCUGGUAAUGCUAUCUUUGCAUCUUUAUUUUAAAUGAGAGAAAAUGUAAAUGUAAAUGUAUGGAAUUAUUGUAACAGUGUACUGGUACAUCUCUGAAGGAGGAAGUUGUGAGGACUGAACUGAUGUGUGUGGUGUCAUUCCUGUGUAUGUUUGUUUAUUCUGUCCCACAUGAGCGUGGUGACAGGGAGCUUACUAAUGUCUCCAGUUCAUCCCAAGGUUAAUCUGUGUAUAUUUUGGUUGUUUAAGUUGUAAAUAUCAUAUAAAUACAUAUAAAUAUAUAUAUUUGGAAUAAUAUGUUAAUAUGUGAGAGAAGAUUGUGGAAAAAAGUGUAUUUUGAAAAAUCAAAAUAUAUCAUGAAUAAAAAAUGAAUAAUA